AUGACCGAUUUCGAGUAUUCUGGUAAGAUUCUUGAAAAUUAUAUGCCCAAAAUACCGAAAAAAUCACUAAAAAACUGCCCAAUUACAGAUAUUAACCCGGCUAAUGAGCUGGAGAAACGAAUCGCCGAUGCAUUCCUCAUUUUCGACCAUCAUGGAAACAAGACGGUGGAUGUCCGUGAAAUUGGAACCAUUUUACGGUUUUUGGGAUGCGUGCCCACGGAAGCGGAUGUGAACGAAGUGAUUUCGGCAACGGAAUUCGAAGAUUCGAACGGAACGGUUCACCUCUCCAAAUUUCUUCCCUACGUCAGCCAGCUGGUCGCUGAACACAAAAUGGAGCCAGCUCCUCCAGAGAAGCUGCUGAAAGCAUUUCGCGUUCUCGACCAGGAAGGUAAGGGGUUUGUGGACAAGGAAUACAUGACGAAACUGAUCACUGAAGAGGGCGAGCCAUUUACAGUGGAAGAGCUGGAGGAAAUGAUGGCUGUGGCCGUGGAUAUGGCUACCGAUAAGAUUGCCUACGAAUUGUAUCUCAACCAGCUAUUGGUUGACUUCUGAAACGGUUUCCUGAAUAAAAUUCCUGGUUUCCACAUUCACCGGA